UCUCGAUUGUCGGAUUAGCAACAAACUCGCUAAGUUCGAAAACCAUUUUCUUGUUUAAAAUCGUCUUUCCUAUUUGUUUUACGUUUAAACCCGUUUAAAUCCUGAACAGUAAAAUAAAUCACACAAUUUCGAGACGGAUAAGAAAUGCGCUCUUAAUUUGACAUGUGUUCGCCCUGUGGGCACUAGGCACCGGAAAAAGAAAUGCUCACUUUUUUACUGGCCUCAUUCAGCUUGGUGAUUUUACACGGCGGUAUUAGCAGUAGUCUGAGGGACCCCCACCUGCAGCAGAAUGAAUGAAUCUGCACGUCUCAUGGCUUUUGACACUGCUGAUCUGCUGGUAUGCCUCUUUAACCUGUGGACGAGGAAAGAGUUUGAGAAGUUGCGUGUGGUGGCCCAUAGGGCCUUCUCUGACAUGCAAGACCCCCUCGGAGGUCUGCUGCAUGUCCUGGAGAGCUCUCCUGGUGUGCUGAAGGGCAAGACCACGUCUCUGGGACACUUUGUCCUCAUGGAGUUUGUGCGCUGGAAGCAGAGCCAUCCCCAGGUCAGCCUGGAGGGCAAGCCACCAGAGCAAGCUCAAACCCUGCAGCUCUGGGCCCUGAGGCUCCUCACGGACAGCCAGACCAGCCUUGUAAAUCCUCUGAUGGAAAUCUACCAACUGGAAUCCCUGGAUCGAGGCCUGCUCUUGGGUCAUGUGGACAAAUUGUUGGCCUUAGGCUCCUACAAGGAGGUGGUGCUGAUGAGCAUUAAACUGAAGCUGCAGCAGGACUUGGACAUGGAGCGGGUAUGCAUCCCCCUCAUCCUUCAGAACAAGCUGCCGCUGGCUGAGUCAUAUGUGCAAGGCAGUAGCUGUCUAGAGCAAGCGCUGGUGAAGCUGCUGGACUCCUGGUGUGCCCCGGACUUCAACUUGGCUCAGCUGUGCAGGCAGUUCCCAGAUUUAUCUCUCUCCCAGCACCAAACUCAGUGCAUUCAUCCCAAGAUGCUCAGUAAACAUGUGUUCCGGCUAAUGGAGCACUUCAGCAUUGACCCAGCCCUGUGUCCCAAUUCCAUCACCAAGAGGAAGCUGGACUCUCUGAGAUUCCUCAUGUACAAGAGGUUUGUGGAGAAGGGCAUGUCGGAGCAGAACUGGAGUGACCACAUUCAGGCUACAGUUGGGGACAGCCCAGAGCUGCAGGUUCAGUUAGUGGAGCUGUUGGUGAAGUAUGAUGGCAUCAGCACUGCUGCCCGAUGGUCACUGCGUUACAGGGUCCCCAGAGACAGACUUCCAUUGGGUGUGUGGGACACACAGCAGAGCCUGCCACCCACACAGCAUGGUCAGUCUGAGGGUCCUUCCCCAUCAACAGAUCCCUGGGAGCCACUUGCAUCCCACCAGGACAAGUACUACCAACUUCCUGUUCCAAAGGAGAGCGUUCACUUCCUGCACACACAGGAGGAGUUGGAGCUGUGCAGGCAGGUGGUGUUACAGACUGGGUCACUGGUGGGCUUGGACAUGGAAUGGCGUGCAGAUUUCGGCACACUCCCUCGGCAGCGCGUGGCUCUGAUCCAGCUGGCAGUGCCGGGGCAGGUGUUCCUGCUUGACCUGUGCGAGACCAGGUUUGCCCAACACGAGCACACGGUCAAAUUCAUCAGGGCGCUCUUCUCAGACCCAAACAUCCUCAAACUAGGCUACGGAAUGUCAGGAGACCUGAAGAGCCUGCUGGCCACGUGGCCACAGUUCCCAGCGGAGCAGCUGAAAAUGGUCGGGGUGCUGGACUUGCUUAUGGUGCACCAGCAGAUGCAGCGGAGCUGCCGGGGAGGAGCAAGUGGGAGCCCACGAGCCGUGGAGGUGGGCGAAGGCUCCGCGGAGAAGGGCCUGAGCCUGCUGGUGCAGCAAGUCCUUGGGAAGCCCCUGGACAAGAUUGAGCAGCUGUCCAACUGGGAGAGGCGGCCACUCAGGAACAGCCAGCUCCGUUACGCAGCCAUUGACGCGUACUGCCUCCUGGAAGUCUACCUCGCCCUGUCGCAGCACCCAGCACGCUUCCAUCUCCCGGCAGACCUCCACAGCAUACCUUCAGGCCAGACGGGGAGAUACAGGGAGGAGAAGAAGCCCAAAGAGAAAGGGAAGCAAGUGUGGCAUCGAGGGAUCCCCUUGGAUGCCCCGAGCCAAGAGGGCCACGGGCGCCAGGGCGCUGUGCACAGUGACGUAUCCAUAGCACCUCAGCAGCUGCGUGUGGUGUGCGACAACAUGCUCCAGGGUCUGGGCCGCUACCUCCGCUGCCUGGGAAUUGACGUGGUGGUGCUGGAAGGCAGUGAUGACCACCGAGUUGCUGCUGAGAUGGCGCGACAAGAGGGACGAAUCAUCCUCACCUCUGGUCAGCCUUACCAGACAUUGAGGUCGCAGGUAGGCGAGGGCCGUUGCCUGGCAGUGGACUCCUCUGAGAAGGCCCGGGAUCAGGCAACGCGCGUUCUGCAACACUUCAACAUCCGACUGACCCCUGCAGACAUCUUCAGUCGUUGCCAGGCAUGCAAUGGUGACGAGUAUAUGAGGCUGCCUAGUGAAGACAUGGCACGCAUGCUGGAGGAAAGAGGCUUUAUGAAGACGCAGACUGAGGCAGAGGAGGGGGCUAAUUGGGAGAAGCAGCACGAGCCCCUUUCCUCAGUCACCCCAGAGUCCAACGAGGGUCCCGAAGGUCCAAGGUACUCCCCUCACUGCCGCUGGGCCCUGGUCUCUGACCUGGACCCACAGAGCCUGAGGUUUCCGAGCGGGGCGGAGCUACAGCUGCAGACUGUGCCCCUCGGCCUGCUCCACCGCGUCCCUGAGUUCUUCAUCUGCACCAGCUGCGGGAAGGUCUUCUGGGAGGGGUCCCACUUUGAGCGGGUGCUCACACAGUUCCAAAAUGUGAUGCACAUUGAUGAGGAUACACCAAUACUCCAAGGGGACACAAAAGUGGCGGUCAAAGCUCUGGACCAUUGAGCAAUCAAAGUGUUUACCUUGAGGAGUACUGCUAUAAGUUUUCAAAAUGUUCUGCUAACACAGUGAUCAGAUUCAAAGUCACAUUUUCCUUUAAUGUCAAUGUGUGUGCAUCACAGAGAGCAUGUGUGUGUAUUCCUAUAUGGUCUGAUAUAACUUGGAGGGAAACUUCAGCUACUUGCAUGGGGUUGGGUCUUGGGCAAUUUAGCUGAAAGUAUCUUUUAAUGGGUCAAGAGGGUGUCAUCUUUUAUAAAUAUUUCCAUGUUCUGCAUUGUAUCAUCUGCAGUUACUGAUGAGAAAAAAGGAAUGGAUUAAUACAUUUAAAAAAGUAAUAAAUUGUUAUCAGUGAGUUUAGGAUUUAAGUUUUCUCUGAGAUGUUGCAGUGUGAGCUACCCAUUUCCUGCCUGCUGAAAUGCAAGCUCUACAUUUAACAUAUAAAAAUGCCUUCCCUUCCCACGGGUUUGUUCCACAGUCAGUUGAGCCCAGUGAUUGGAUGAAAGGCUCACUCAUCCACUGUUGCAUGAGAUGUCAAUCUGCUGGUUGACAGGCACCUUUAAAACCUUCAGUGACAUGGAUCUCCUGGAUUAGGAGUGGCUGUCACUGCCCAAGUACAUGUGAGUGUUGUAGGCAAAAGAAGUCCACUUGAACUAACCAUCUCGACAAAAAUAUCUGACAAUUAAUUUCCCCUGUACACAUACAAAUGACUAUAAUAUGAAAGUAGCAAUGACAGUGAGCCAG